GAGGUAUCCUCUUGCUCAGAUAAUUCCUUUCACUUUUUUCUCUGAUAUGGAAGUUCGGUGAUCGGUACAUAAAAAAAGUAUACAUGUGUGUGACGUUAUCAGGAACAAGUAGACAAUUUUUUUCUUCUCAUAUCAAUCGCAGUGUUGGACAACGCGAAUUGUUAACUAUAUACAGAAAAAAAAUUAACCGCAAAGUGAUGAAGUAAGAAUAUCAUAUACUUACCGGUGGUAAUACUAUAGAUACAUAAUGUAUGUAGAAAGAGCGCAGAGAGGAAGGAAAAGAGUUACUGUUUUUGCAGCCACUUUUCAGUCACCACGUUUGCAGCUGCCAGGAUAUGAUGUGGGUUAUACAUGUAGGUAUAGAUAUAUCUAGUAUGCCUAUAUAACGUCAUUUCGAUCGGGGACGCAAUUUAUUUCUAUAAUAUAUUGAUGCUACGAGGUUGCAUGUCUCAAUAUAACCGUAUACAGUCAUGUACGUUGAGUAAUUGGAGAAGUCAGUUGUGGCUGUUUGACUUGGUCGGUCAUCGUUACAAUUAUAGCUAUGAAUUUUUAAACGAAAAUUGACCGGGAGAAAAACUGUCCAGGAAAGGGAGAGAAGAACAGACUUUAUAUUUUAACCCCAACAUCCCUUAUCUUGUGCAAUGUGUUAAUUAAGCUUUAUAUUUUGCAAUCUUUUGCCCUCUUUACAGUUCAGUAUGCACCUAGAGGCAAAAAAAAAACCUGCGACAUUCUUCUGUCAAGGUCAAGAAUCCCUUUAACCUUCCCCACGAUAUGGGUAGUCCGGGAAUAAACAUGAGCCGAUUCAUCCCUGAUGGUGAAAAGAAGGGGAAAAAAGUAAAAAAAUCAUGAAGUGAACCGUGAUACGGCCCUGGCCGUCUCGCAUCGAUCGUCUUUUGCCAGGGUGAAGUUGCCAGGCGUAGGGCGGAGUUCGGGGGUGCGUUAACGGCCCAGUGCUGUGUUCGAGUUUUGUAAUCUUUGCGACCUGCCCAAUAGGACCAGGCGUGCGAAUUGUUCCUGGCUUUCAGUAAGGCCCUGCCCUUUUACGGGGACCCUCAUGGUCUCGGGUUUGCGUCGAGGGCGUCGGAUCGCGGUUUUCGUUGCCGGUCUCGUCGCUGCUGUGAUAUUCGCCCACCUUUUAGCCUCCCGCGGAAGCUCGGUUCUCGUUUGGUCAGAAAAAACGGCCCGGGCUAAACAGCCGGUCGCAAUAACCGAACAGAUACAGGAGUUUGGUCUGGUCUAUGCGGCGGGUGUUUACAUGGCCGGUAGGAGGCCGCGAAACCUGACCUUCUGCGAAUGGACCCACGGCCUCCCGCGUUCGCUGUCCUACACCUCGGCCGAUGUCGCCUGGUCCCCGGAGGCAGGGGAGAAGGGGCCUUACCGGGUCCUGUCGGGAGUCCUGGGGGGCUACGCCGGCGCCGAGGCGCCCCCGGUCACCCUCUGCACCCACGCUACCGCUGAGCAGGUCUACGCCGUGGUGGAGCUCGCAAGGCGGUGGGAGGGCCCCAUCAGUCUGGCCGUUUUCGCCCCUGGCCUAGACGCCGGGCUGGCCGUCGCCUUGCUGGAGAGGGCCUGCGGCUGCGAGCCGGGGAUGGCGAGGGUGGCGGUGCAGUUGAUAUUUCCCGCAGGAAGGCCGCCGGCUCUGAGGCCCAGGAGCCAGGCGCUGGGCGACUGCGCAGCCUCGGACAUCCAGCUACGGGAAUCCGAGACCGAGCGAAAGUCCAGGAACAUGAUGUACCCCGUGAACGUCGCCCGGAACGUCGCCAGGAGCAACGCUCGGACCCCCAGGGUCCUGGUCUCCGACAUUGAGCUGCUUCCCAGCGAGAAUCUCGCCUCAGGGUUCGUCGAAAUGGUCCGCGGACGGCCCCCCAGGGUCGGCGUUGUGUUCGUCGUUCCCGCGUUCGAGGUCGAGGCCAACGAGAAACCACCCAACACCAAGCACGAACUACUCAUGGCAGCCAGAGCCGGCGUCGCUGGGUAUUUUCACAGAUUCGUCUGCGCUCAUUGCCAGAAAUUUCCGGGCCUGACGAGGUGGAUGCUAAGGCCCGAUCCUGGCAGGGUUAGACCCUCCGUCGUAACCAGAAGGGAGUUUCCGCAUCACAGGUGGGAGCCAGUGUACAUCGGUACACGCGAAGACCCGCUUUAUACCGAGGAUAUGUCGUGGGAGGGCAGGCAGGACAAAAUGGCGCAGAUGCUGGAGAUGUGUCUUUUGAGUUACCGCCUCGUCGUUCUCGAUGGUGCCUUUCUCGUUCAUGCACCAGGAGUCAAGCGUCGCCCGACGAGUAUCGACAACCGCAGAGAAGCCUGGAGGCGUCCCUACGAGAGGAGGAAUUCGAGGAUAUAUCAGAGCGUCGUCAGACGACUACAGAAACAAUAUCCGGCAAAUCCCAGGUGCCGCCAAUGACGGAGACAAAAAAUGCAUGCAAUUACGAACUCCAGUGUUACAAGAACGUUGUGCGGUGAUGCGAUGAUAUUGGGGGAUAUUGUAUAAUACUGUAGGAUUAAUAAUUAAUUACUGAACGAAUACUGCGUAGCGGUUAUAUUUGAUUUUUUAAAUAAUCAUUUUCAUUCAAAAUAUAACUAAAUUCGAUCUAAUUUACCAUUGGUCGUUUCAAUUGCUAGAGUUGUACAAAAAAAGCAACGAGCGAUUUGUAUGUUAUUACGUACGAACGGGUCUAAGCAACUUUCGAAAUGUUGAGAGUUUUCAGAUGACUAUCCAAUUUUUUUCAAAUUGUUUUAUCCAAAGUCAUGCCGUAGAAGACUACACCACUAAUUAGAACCUUAGGAAUUAAAAACACUGCACUGGUGAACAAUUGAAUAAGCCAAUUGUUCAAUACAAAGAUUCUUUCAAUUUUCGGCGAUAACUUGGCAGCAGUUGACCACGAAAACUGUAGAGUACAUUCUCUAUGAUAUAUUCUUUGCAUACAUUGGUAUAGUGUUUUUUUUUAUUGAAAAAUUUUAAAAUCGUAGUAACUUCAGACUAUGCACAGUCGAUUUCCCUCGGAAAAAUCUAUAUAUUUGUAAAGAAAACAAUCGAAAUUACGUCCGUGAUCAGGCGCUCCAAAGAAUUUACUUGGUUUGACUCAUAAUGCAAGGAGUUGGAUGUGCUGCAGCGUAGCUUUUUGGACCAACCAAUUGGAAAGUUUCGCCAGUUGACGUCACAAUAAGCGGUCAAUUCAAAAUUGUUGAAAAAUUUCCGUAGUACAUUAGCAUGUUACACACGAAACGUUGACUGAAUUCUUCAGUUCUCGCAUAUUAGAAAUGCGAAUACUUUUACCUUUGCAGGUCCCACUGCGAUUCUUACACCCCUUAACCAAACAAAUAAACUUAAUGAAUUUGAUUGAAUUUGUGAAAUGAUGCGAGUCAAUGCGAGAUUUAACCCACCACAUUUGUUUAUGCAUUUAUUAACCUUGUAGUUGAGGUUAUGUUGUGUUUUGUACGCGUUUGCGUCUGCACUGUAGGCUCACUACGACUUGCCGUGACGUCAACUGGUAGACUGCGCAAACUUUCACGAAAAUUUGUCCUUUAUCGAGCAUACCUAAUUUCUUACACUAUGUAACGCACUAUGGGUUGACCUUAUUCGAUCGAUUAGACUGUGUAUGAGCCGGUUGACUGUAAUUAGGCGCUUUGAAUUGACGCUACUUUGGUUGCUUGCGAUUAGGCACUUCGAUCGCGACGUUGACUGCAGAACGUAAAGACCGAUACCCCUGGGUAAAUUUAAGUGACCAGUUUUCGGCAGGCAAGUGGGCCCAGGUGGGCCUGGAAGCGUAGGAGGGUUCUACUCUAUCGACUCUACCUAAUGAGCUCGCAUCGACAUUCGCAGCAGCCAAAGUAGUGUCGGUAUGAAAUUUUCAGAUUGAGUCGGUACAAAGUGAGUAAGAAAUGU